UGAACACAAGUUGAAGAAGGAAAAAAAAACAAGUUGAAAGAAAAGUAGCAAAACCGAAACUAAAAAAAAGAAAGAAAAUAGUAAGAACAAAAUGAAAACGCUAAAAUCAGAAAUAAAAGAAUCAAAGAAGCAAAGAUAAGCAAAACAAGUUUUCCAAAAUUGUUGACUCUCUUUUACAACUACACAAAAACCUUUCUUCAAAAUAUUCUCAGAUUCUCUUCUUCUUCCUUCGAGCUUUCACAGUUGAUUCAAUUCCCGAUUUCAAACUCAAUCACCUUCAGAUUCCGAUCUCCAUUCUCUACAUCAAUCACAAUGGAGAAUCCGAAUCCACCAGCAGAGAAGCUAUUGAAGAAGAUACGAGAGCUAGAAGAAAGCCAAGAAGAUCUAAAGCGAGAGAUGUCAAAACUCAAAGUAUCAGCAGAGAUUAAAAGGCGUUCGCAUUCUUCAUCACCUAAACGACCUUCAAGGAGAAACAGUGGAGAAGGAACUCCGUUAUGGAGAAAAACCGGCGCCGCAUCGUUCCGUCACGCUUCUCCGUUACGGAAAGAGAGUCAUUCUAAAGACGGAGUAGCUGGUGGUGGUGAUGGACCAUCGGCAGGCAAGUUCACCGAUAAACAGUAUUUGAAUAUUUUGCAGUCUAUGGCUCAAGCUGUUCAUGUCUUCGAUCUUAAUGGCCAAAUUAUCUUUUGGAACUCGAUGGCGGAGAAGCUUUAUGGAUUCUCAGCUGCAGAAGCGUUAGGGAAGGACUCGAUUAAUAUACUCGUAGAUGGUCAAGAUGCUGCUGUUGCAAAAAAUAUCUUUCAGCGUUGCAGCAGUGGAGAGAGUUGGACUGGAGAGUUUCCUGUUAAGAAUAAAAUGGGAGAGAGGUUUUCGGUUGUGACUACGAUUUCUCCUUUUUAUGAUGAUGAUGGUUUGCUUAUUGGGAUUAUAUGUAUCACGAAUGAUUCGGCACUUUUUCAACGGCCGAGAGUUCCUCCCGCUAAAAACAGGUGGCAAGAAGGGGAUUCAAGCUUUUGCCGGGGGACUAAUGGUGUUGCUUCUAGGCUUGGUUUUGAUUCCAAAGAAGCUGUUGUGUCGAAACUUGGCCUUGAUUCUCAGCAGCCUAUUCAAGCUGCUAUAGCAUCUAAGAUCUCAGAUUUGGCAUCCAAGGUGGGCAACAAGGUCAGGUCGAAAAUGCGAGCAGGUGAUAAUAACGCCUCACACCCUGAGGGUGGAAAUGGGGGCAGUCAUCAGUCUGAUCAGGGUUUCUUCGAUGCUGCUUUCUCUGACCAGAGGGAAGAUGCAGAAACAAAUGAUGCUAGCACACCUAGGGGGAAUUUGAUCCAGUCUCCUUUUGGUGUGUUCUUAUGUAACGAUGAUAAGUCUUCUUCAAAAGCCUCCGGAGAAUCCAAUGAUGAAAAUGAUAGAAACUCUGUUGUCCCUAAGAAACUUACCUCAAAGACUGAAGAGUGGAUGGUAAAGAAAGGACUGUCAUGGCCAUGGAAAGGAAAUGAGCGGGAAGGUUUGGAAAGAAGAAAUGCUCAUUCUGUGUGGCCUUGGGUGCAUAAUGAACAACAAAAAGAAGAGGCUCAUCAUAGUAAUUCCUAUAACAGUGUUAAGUCUGAAAGCCUGGCAAGUGAAAGUAAUAAACCUGCCAAUAAUGAGAAUAUGGGUUCUGUUAAUGUGAAUAGCGCAAGCAGUGCUAGCAGCUGUGGAAGUACCAGCAGCAGUGUUAUGAACAAGGUUGACAUGGAUAGCGACUGCUUAGACUAUGAAAUCUUAUGGGAGGAUUUGACAAUUGGAGAACAAAUCGGGCAAGGUUCAUGUGGAACUGUCUAUCAUGGUCUAUGGUUUGGAUCUGAUGUGGCUGUAAAGGUGUUUUCCAAACAAGAAUAUUCAGAAGAGAUCAUAACAUCUUUCAAACAAGAGGUAUCAUUGAUGAAAAGGCUUAGACAUCCAAACGUUCUGCUGUUUAUGGGAGCUGUGGCAUCACCUCAGCGUCUUUGUAUAGUGACAGAGUUUCUACCACGUGGAAGUCUCUUUCGUUUGCUGCAGAGGAACAAGUCAAAACUAGAUUUGAGGCGACGUAUCCAUAUGGCAUCAGACAUUGCUCGUGGCAUGAAUUAUCUUCACCACUGUAGUCCUCCCAUCAUUCACCGUGAUCUGAAGUCGUCAAAUCUACUGGUUGAUCGGAACUGGACUGUGAAGGUUGCUGAUUUUGGUCUUUCUCGCAUCAAGCAUGAGACGUACCUCACUACAAACGGAAGGGGAACGCCUCAAUGGAUGGCACCAGAAGUUCUUCGAAAUGAGGCUGCUGAUGAAAAGUCUGACGUUUACAGUUUUGGAGUAGUACUAUGGGAGCUUGUGACAGAGAAGAUCCCAUGGGAAAAUCUAAAUGCUAUGCAGGUGAUUGGAGCCGUGGGGUUCAUGAACCAGAGGCUGGAAGUCCCAAAAGACGUUGACCCUCAGUGGAUUGCUUUAAUGGAAAGCUGCUGGCACAGGUACAUAAAUCAUAUUAAACAUUACAUAUACCUUGCUAGAGGAAAAUAGCCUCACUAAUGAUUCGGUACAAAAUUGGUUGCAUAUAGGAGGGACCAAAACUUGGUCUCCUAAACAUCUCGUCAUAUGCCAUGCUCUGAUUUUCUGCUGUAGCUGAACUAAACCUGAUGUUUUGUGUCAUCAAUGAACAUAGUAAAAUAACCAUAAAUGUAGAAAUGUUGCAAACCCUAGAAUUUGGAAUUUGUAAGAUUACUGUUUAGGAAACCUUGAGUAAACAAAAGUUCGAGAAAACAUUUACUUUGCACUCCAAUCCUUUAAUUUCCAUGGGUCCCAAACACAUACUAUUGAAGGCUUCAAUUACUAGUGUAAAGACUUUCAAGGUCUAUGCUUUGUUGAGUUGAAAAUUUUCCACAGAUUCAGGGCCCAUAAAAAGGCUCAUGUUUGAUACAAUUAUUGUAAGUUUGGUGUCAGAUCUUGUAUACUUUUCUUUCAACCGACACCACUGUAUUGAUAUAUACUGAUUUGCCUUCACAGUUUACUUAAGUAGUAAGUGACUUAGUCUCGUAAACUUUCUCUACUUUCGUUUAGUAAAUGUCGCAGCAGCUAAUGUGGGUUAAGUAAUUUCUGCAGCGAACCGCAAUGUAGACCAUCGUUCCAAGAAUUGAUGGACAAAUUAAGAGAGCUUCAAAGAAAGUAUACUAUACAGUUCCAAGCAGCUCGUGCUGCAUCGAUAGACAACUCUUCUCUCAAGGAAAAAUAAACCCAACGAGCAGAGAAUCUGAAUAUGCAUUUCGCGAUCAACACAACAAAAGAAGAAAGCUCAAUGAAGAAAUGCAAUAAAGAAAAGCAGCUAAAGCAGACUUUGAUAUGCUCUCUCAUUGCGUGAGAGAGGCAUUCUUUAUAUGGAGUUCAAUUCGAAAUCGUCAUGUGAUGCGAUGCGAGCUACAGAGGUUAUACAUAUGUAAUUGUUGUGCCAAUCUAUUUAUGUAAUUCUUAACAGAGAGAGAGAGAGAGACAGACCCAGUUUUUAAGAAUAGUCUGUACAUGUAACAAACGAGUAAAAACCAAGAUUUGUAACCCUGAUUUUUAGUAAAUAUUGUCACAUUUAUUUGGAUCAUACAUUGUUAUUGUUCGUGAGUUUUGAUUUGGG